UAUGUAUCCAUAUAAAAACAGAGUUGGUUAUAUACUGUAUAAGCAGCAGUACACUUAGUGUUGUGUUCUUCCAAUCCUUUCAUUGUGUUUUUCGUUUUCAAUGAAGGAAGAAAAUACUUCUACAGGAAGCAGACAGACAGUAAGAGUGCCCAUGGGAAGAAAUAUAUUUUGAGACGCUACCGUUGGGAACGUUACUGAAGAGGAACAAUGAAGACUUCGUUGCUGUUUGUUGCUCUCAUGGCCUCAUGUGCGACGCUUGGGAUGGCUAGGAUAAGUGAGUGCGCGCGCAAGGGAGGGAUCUGCAGGACAAAGUCUGGAAAUGGGUGCGUGGAACUAAGAAGAAAGUGUGCUGAUGGAGGUGUCUGCUGCAGGAAAGCCAAGCCGUCCAAACGGAGGCUGUGUCGACAGAGAAGCAGCUGCACCAAACAAGGAGGCAAGUGUAUACCGCGGGAGGCGACUUGCACGAAGCUAUCCAGCGAUGGCCUCUGCAAAGGGGGGAGUUGCAAAUGCUGUCUGGGGAAUAAUCCUUCUUGCGCCAUCACUCCGGGCUGCCAUCUCCGUGGAGGAUUCUGCUUCAAGAAUUCUGGAAAUGAUUUGUGCUCAGAUGGCACCGUACUAAAAAACGAGUGUCAAGGAGAAGACUGCGCCUGUUGCCUUCCAAAGACAGGUUCUUGUCACUGUGGACUGGUUACUAACGCCCGUAUCAUAGGGGGUCAAGAGAUAUCUCCUCACUACAAGUAUCCUUGGCUUAUUGGUAUGCUUAGACCUAACAAAUACGGUAACGAAUUUUUCUGUGGCGGAUCUAUCAUUAACAAGAACUAUGUUCUAACUGCUGCACACUGUUUACUUGGUGAUGACGAUCUGCCUUUACCAGCAAAGGAAUUUCAAGUGGGAAUUGCCAACCACAAUUUCAAUUCUGAGGAUGACGACAUACAGGGUGUCACUCAGGCAGUGGAUGUGAAAAGUUACAUCAUUCAUGAGGAUUACGUCCCUCAAGAUCUUAAUGAUAACAACAAAGACAUCGCUCUCCUGCUUUUGAAAAAGUCGCUGGAUCUAACAUCACACCCGCAAAUUCAACCAGUGUGUCUGCCUUCUGACCCGAACAGGAAGUAUGAGGGAGAGACUGGGACCGUGAUAGGUUGGGGAGACACAAAGAACGGGAAGGGGGCCUAUCCAGAUGCUGCCAGGGAGGUCAAUGUACCCAUCAGGGACUGUAAACUUAAGGAAAUAGCUGGUUCUCCAAUCACCCCACAAAUGAUGUGUGCAGGGAGGAAGAAGUCAAAGAACAAGAGCGCAAAGGGUGCUUGUUUUGGCGAUUCUGGCGGUCCUCUUUUCGUAAAUGAAGAUGGGAAAUACACCCAGGUGGGAAUUGUCUCCUUUGGGCGAAGUUGUUUCAAACAAACUGUGUAUGCUCGAGUAACUGAGUUUCUUACUUGGAUCAGUAAUAACACUCCUAAUGAGAUUUACUGCCAGUAGUGUUACAUGGUAAACGAACAGAGAGCAUACAUCUUCAGUGAUAUAUGAGAGAGGUACUAUGUUAAAAUAUAAUGCGUAUUUCAUAUGUCCAAAUGAUUUUGCACAAAUGAUUUGUAUUCUCAAAAAAAUUAUGCAAAGUGUACUUUGAAGCACAACAGAAUAACAAUAAAGAAAAAUAAAAAAACGAAGAAUAUAUUAAGACAGCAAAGGUAAAUGACUGAAUGUUAUUUAUACCACCAGUUUAUUAACUCUUCACAUGUGUCCUCAUGAAGCACAGAUUCCCAAGAACCUCACUUGAAAAAAGUUUCCAGACAAGCUCCAGACACUACCAAGCAAGUCACCGUGGCCAUCCACUAAGAUAAAUAUCAAAAUAGGCUUUUGACGUUUUGGCUUUUCAUUGAUAAACCCUGUAUUUCCAAACACGUCUCGAGUUGGGAGAAGGUUAACAUAAUAAUUUAGUUGGACAAAGAAGUUCAUAUGCAUCUACUUGGUAUUUUUAAAGCUCUCUCGUUGGCGAAAAAAAAAAUGAAAAAGGUCUAAAACUUUGUCAUUAUUUUUUCCCCCUGUCAGAGCCAAGUGGAAGUAGUGACUUUUUUUUUUUGCAGUGUAAUACUGAAGAAGAGACAGCAGCCCAAGGUUGUCCAUCGACUGUAGGAGUCUUCAGAGAUUAUGAGAAAUAUUAUUUAUUGUUGUAUUUGAAACAGGGUUCAAUUAACAUUCAGAUACAGCUGGUAUUUCGCUGAAAUUCUAUUAAUUCUAAUUCAGUAGCUACGGUAAUGGACACGUUAUGAUAUCAAUCUUAAUCUGUUCUAUAUCAUAUACCAAUAUCAUCUUUUGCACGAGUACAACUGAUACUAUACUUUUGUUUUUUAUUCAUGUUCUUUGUAUUUUGCUAUAUUUGUUGUUGUUAUAGUAAUUUAAUAUGUUACUAAAUUUGUUUUACUAUAAAACUAAAUGCACCGUGUUUUCAUUCCAUUAGUGAACAUGGAACAUUUAUUAUGUUUGUGCAUAAAUUUGUACUGUUUUAUUGCAAAACAUCCAUCUUAAAAGU